AUGACAUUCGCUUUAUGCGGUGACAUUUUGUCAACUCUUGGCCGACCAAUCUACUUUCCAUCACUUUACACGAUCGUCUACUCAUCUACCAUUCUCUCGAUUCACACAAAAGCGAUGGGGAUUUUCGCCUUUGCUUUUACCCUCACACUUGUUCACGGUUUUCUAACGAUUUCCGGAAGUCUCGGCUUCUACAAGUUGCGUCUCGUCUACAUCGAGUACAAACGAGUACUUUGGAUAGCACAAUUCUCGUUUCUCGCUUGCGUUGCGGCAAAAGAAUUUCUGAACUGGUGCACCGCGUACGAUUUGUAUUUUAAUGGACAAUGCACUGACGAUCCAAAAGUGUUGUGUGCAGCGAAUGGCAUGUCGUCAUUUUGUGACUACGAUCUUCCGUACAUCUUACAAUGUACUCCGACAACUGCCGGAACUCGCGUCUGGAUUGCGAUAGGAGUUGCAAUGGCACUGCUCGGCGGGACGCUGACGGCGAUCUGUGUCUUGGUCACCUAUGAAGCUUUUCAUCCAAAGCAGAAUAUCAGCCGGAAAACCCUCGAAAUGCAACGAUAUUUUAAUACGGUUUAUCUGGCACAGAACCAAAUAUCGGUCUUGGUCUCGACUCCGGUCGUGUUAGCCGUCGCCAUGAUUCUCCAGCUGAUCACCAACGAUCUUCUUGUGGCAAUUGCGAGUCUCUGGGAAUUGGGCAUGAAUUUCCACUCAAUCGCCAUCAACCUUCUCGUGAUUUUUUCAUCCAAAACAUAUCGUCGAGUGAUUUUCGGCAUAUUUUUGAAUAUUCUUUUGUUGGACAAAGUUCUAUCAGCUCAACGCUAUAGAAAUAGCUCCAAUGAUGAGGAUUAUCAGCAAUAUGGAGUCACAGGUGAAUAUUCCCAAUUCAUUAAUUCUGCUCAUGAUUUGUAUAAGGAGCUGUUUACGAGAAGGGAUUAUCAAAUGUUCUUGGCUCCUAUCAACUCAAAAGUGACGAGGAGCGCUUUAGAUUCGGAAAAAUUCGAGAUCACCGUCGCUAUUCAAAGGCUUAUGGUGCUCAGUGUGGAUAUGGCUCGUCAAACGAUGGAAAUGUACUUUGAACUUGAGAUGUCAUGGACCGAUAUUCGAUUGGCUUGGGACUCUCAAGAGUUUGACGAUAUCGAGAUUCUCUAUGUUCACUGUGAUGCCUUAUGGGCUCCUGAGGAGUUUCUUGUGAUGAGUCCAACAAUCAAUGAAGGCCUUCCACAGCGUUUCAAACAGUGCAAGCUUUAUGCAAAUGGCUCGGUGCACUUUGAUAUGUUUAUGCAAAUCGAGAACAUUUGCCCGAUGAAUAUUCAAAAAUUCCCCUUCGAUUCACAGACGUGUUUGGUCGACUUCUCUUCUUUACAAUACGAGUUCUAUCAGCUAAAUCUCAAGCCGGGCUUAUUCACGAAAUACCAGGGAAAACAGUUAAAAAGCAAUGGAGAAUGGACGAUUACAAAUACCUCCUCGAGCAUUGAGCACUAUGAUUAUGGACUAGAGGGAAAAUCUUUUGAUAUGGAGGAACAGUUGGAAAAGUUAGCCAUUGCUUUGACCUCAAUGAUGUCGAUGACCACCUUUGUGCAAAUGGUCUCCGAGCAAAUGCCGAAGACAUCACAGUUUCCGUUGUUAGGAAUAUUCGUCUUAACCUGUGUCUUCAUCACUUCCGUGGCUUGUGUCAGCCUCAUCGUGUUCGCCGAGAAAUGCAAGAAACAUAGAAAAGAAGAAACUUCUCUUAUGGAACGGAUAAAAUUACACGUAAAGUCGACGCAUUUCGCCUUUUUUGUUCUUUUCCAAGGAGCCAAUAUCAUUAAUUUUAUCGUGUUUUUGUCGUUUUGGAAU